GUAAUAAGACGCGCCUAAUUCAGCAGGAUAAAAAUUCGCCGGCGCGGCCCACUUUCAACCUCUGACUUGGGAAAGAGGUCAUGGCUGCGCGGUUUCUCUGGCGCGCACAGAAGAAGCUGUUGUUUGGAUCCACCGUCCUUGGUGGCGGAGCUGCUGCCGCGGCUAUUGCCAAUUCCGACGACCCUGCCACCGCACUCAGGCUUUGCGCCACUGUCCCGCGUCGCCUCUUUCGCGAUUCCGUCACCGCGGCUGCCAUAGCUCUAGAUUAUGAGUAUUCGCUCUGGGGACUACCUGAAGGUAGUGCGGAAAGACAAAAAGUCAAGCAUGAAGUUCAUUUGAGAAGUGCACGCAGACUUGAAGAACUUUGUUUUAAAAAUGGAGGAAUUUAUAUAAAACUUGGUCAACAUCUUGGUCAGCUGGAGUACUUAGUACCUGAUGAAUAUGUUCGCAUAAUGAGGGAUUCCAUGCUAAACAGAUGUCCUCAAUCGUCUUAUGAUCAAGUAUGUGAAGUUGUCAGGAAAGAACUUGGAGGAAGACCAGAUGAAAUAUUUAAGGAGUUUGAUCCGGUCCCAAUUGCAAGCGCUUCUCUUGCUCAAGUCCAUGUUGCCCGCACACAUGAUGGGGAAAAAGUUGCUGUGAAGGUUCAACAUACGCACAUGACAGGCACUGCUGCUGCUGAUUAUGCAACUGUGGCAUUAAUUGUGAACACAUUGCAUCGUUUUUUCCCCAAUUUUGAUUACAGGUGGUUGGUUGAUGAAGUCCGUGAAAGUAUACCUAAGGAACUAGAUUUCUUGGUUGAGGCUAAAAACAGCGUAAAAUGUAUGGAUAACUUUCGGAAGCUAUCUCCUCAUAUUGCAAAUUAUGUUUAUGCCCCCAGGGUAUAUUGGACUCUAAGUACCUCAAAGUUGUUAACCAUGGAAUUCAUGGAUGCCGCACAAGUGAAUGAUGUGAAGGUCAUUCAGUCUCUCGCAAUUCGGCCAAUGGAUGUUGCAAAAUUAGUUAGUGAGGUCUUUGCUGAAAUGAUGUUCAAACAUGGAUUUGUGCACUGUGAUCCCCAUGCUGCAAACAUGCUAGUACGCCCCAUGCCAUCUAGCCAAAAGACAUUUUUUGGGAAGAGAAAGCCUCAACUGGUUCUUUUAGACCAUGGCUUAUACAAAGAACUUGAUUUCCCUACAAGAACAAACUAUGCUGCCCUCUGGAAGGCAUUGGUAAACUCUGAUGCCAAAGGUAUUAAGGAAAACAGUAUAAAACUGGGUGCUGGCGAGGAUCUUUAUGCGUUGUUUGCUGGGAUUCUUACAGUGAGACCUUGGAAUAAAGUGGUAGACCCCUCUGUCGAUCAUUUAGUUGUCCAAGGAUCAGAUUAUGCGCGCUCAGAAAUCCAGAUGUAUGCUUCUUCAUAUUUCCCACAAAUUACUGAGCUGCUAAGGAGAUUGCCUCGUGUUAUUCUUUUAAUGCUGAAGACAAAUGACUGUCUACGAGCAGUUAAUAGAGAGCUGACCCAGGGUUCCUCUGUUGAGACAUUUUUCAUUAUUGGGAGAGUUUCGUCUGAGGCAGUUCUGGAAUCAAAGUUGGAGAAAAAUUCACUAUUGUCUCGGAUCAACUUCCGGUUCCGGAAGCUUCUGCUUGAAGCCCGCCUUUGUGGAAUGCAAUUAGCUGUUUGGCUUCUGCAGCUUCGGAAGUUAUUGACAUUAGGGUAUCACUAACCCCACCUUGAGACAUAGUUAUUCUUUAUUCCCAGGUACCUAUUCCUUGAGAGGAGUCUUUCUUUCUAUGGAGAGGACUCACUUAGGUGUCCCCGUUUGACGUUUGUACUUAAUUGAUGGGACCCGUGUUUGAAUUGUUUCGAGUGUAGGUCCCAUCACUUAAGUGCAAAGAAUAAUGCUAAUGUAAAGCCCCACGUAUGACACCAUUAGAGAUAAUCUCGCACAGACAAUAAUUGUUUGUGAGAAAUUAGUCUCUAAGGCGCUAGCAGUGUCAUCCCUGGCGUGGUCAUUAAGAUCUUAAUUAACCAUUGCUCCAUAUUUUGAAGUGAUUUUGGAGUGCGACAAUUCUUCAUUGAUUAGAUGUGUCAAAGGCGCGUCUAUAUUACUAUUUGAAUGCAUUUGUGAGCUCAUAUGAGACUAAAUUUGAACCCUUUUCCCCCAUGAACUUCAUUGAAGAAGGGUAGGGAUUGUAUAUUUUCUUGAGAAUGGAGACAUGAGAAGGAGAAGGGUUUUCCUUGUUAGUACAACAAUAAAGUUCAAGCCAAACAUGAACAGCCCUAUGGGCAUGCAGCUGAGUUUUCUCUCUUUUUUACUUCUUUUUGUAAUAUGUUCCUAAAAUGCUUUGUGUUUUGCUUGAUGAGUUGAUGCUUUGAUGUCUUCCAAUGUUGAAAUAUUUGGGU